UAUGGUUUGAAAUAUCAGAAUAUCGGAAAGUUAGAAGAAACUGAAGAGAAGCUAAAAAACACUAAGCUGAAACUGGACAGCAUGUCUAAAUCACUGAAGCAUAAAGACCAACAGCUGGAGGAUUAUAAAAGACAAAUAGAGAAUAAAGAUGCAGAACCAGAUGAAAGUAAUGAAGCACUUCAGAUGAAGAAUAAAACACUGGAAGAGAAGGACACACAGCUCAAGAAGGUGAAAGAAGAAUUAGCAAAAGCAAAUACAAUGUUAGAAGAGAAUAAGACACAGUUAAAGGACAAAGAAAGACAAUUGUGGGACAAGACAAAUAAUCUGAUGGAGAAAGACAAACUUCUGACAGAAUACAUACAACUACAGUUCAGAGAGGUGAAAGAAGAACUGGUAAAAAUAAAUAGGACAUUAGAGGAGAAUCAGACACAGUUAAAAGACAAAGAAAGACAACUGAAGAAUGUGAUGAAUGAACUGGAAUCCAGUAAAAGCAAACUAAUUGAACAAGACAAACAGCUUCAGGAGAAAGAGAGACUUCUAGAAGAGAUAAAAAAGCAGAUGCAGGAACAGAGAGAUUCAGAAUCAUCAAGCGCCAUCAGGAGAAGAAACAGCAAGGAGAUGCCUCCAACUAUGGGUGGAGAAUCAUCUAGUCCACACUCUCCACUGUUGGUUCCUGCAGCCGAACUGAGGCUGGUGCUGCUGGGGAGGACGGGGUCUGGGAAGAGUGCAGCAAGAAACACCAUCCUGAGCAGAGGGGAGAGGAACCAGGCUGCUACAUCUACAUCUACCCAGCAGAGUGAGAGCACACAGGGGGAGGUGGCUGGGAGGAAGGUGACAGUGGUGGACACUCCUGACUGGUUCUCUCCCGGACUCUCUCUGGAGAAGCUUAGACAGGACGUGGGACUCUGUGUGCAUCUCUCUGAUCCAGGACCCCACGUCUUUCUCCUGGUCAUACCUGUAAAGCGGCCUACAGGAGAUGAGAGAGGGAUGCUGGAGAAAAUGGAGGAGAUUUUUGGAGAGAGAUGUUGGAGAAACACCAUGAUCAUAUUCAGUGUUACUGAUGAACUUCAGAAGAAGAACAUUGAGGAGUUUAUCCAAUCAGGAGAGCAGGAGGUCCAGAGACUAGUGGAGAAAUGUGGGAACAGGUUUUACUGUCUCAACAUUAAGCAGAGUGGAGAUGGUUCUCAGGGCUCAGAGCUGCUGAAGAAGAUAGAGAAGAUAGUGGAAGGAAGCAGAGUGAAGCUGUACAGCAGUGAGAUCUACCUGGAGACAGAAUCUCAGAUUAGAUUGAUGGAGACUAAGAUCCUAAAGGAAAGAGAAGAGAAAAGGAUGAGAGAGGAGAUGGAAGUGAGGAAAAAGAUAGAUAAGGAGGUGCAGGACUCACUGAGAAAAAUGGAGGGAGCGAUCCAGGAGCAUGAAGGAGACAUUAAACAACUGGAUGACCGAACAACCAAACUGGAGAGAAAGAUGAAAGAAGAGAGAGAUGAAGAGAAAAAGAGAGAACUUGAGAGGGAGCUAGAACGAGAGGUAGCGCGAAGGGCAGAAAUGGAAGAAAAGGUGAAGAAACUAAAAGAAAAGAGAGAGAGGGAGAGGAGAGAGAUGGAGGAGAGGCACCAACAGGAGAUAGAGGAGAUCAGCGAGGUGUAUGAACGAGAGGUCAGGAUGGAGGCAGAGAAAAAAAUCAUGAAGAUCAUCCUGCCUGAACUCCAGAGAAACAUUUUGGCCUCAAAAACAAAGAUGCAGGAAGAGUUCAGCAGACAGAUGGAGGAGAAGAACAGAGAGCUGGAGACUUUUAAACAGAAACUUUCAAAUCUCACAGAGACUCAGAGUCAGCUUGGAGAGGUUUAUGGAAAAACUGUGAGCAGCUCAGAAUCAGAGAGAGCAGUUGUAACAGGAGAGGUGUCGAAGGGAAUCUUUCAGACAUUUAAAGACUAUGUUGUCACUGGGUAAAAGAGUUCAUAAAGCCACAGACACUCAUCUAGUCAGAAAUGAAGGGUUUCAGCCAGUGAUUGUGGACAGGGAUAGAUCAUGACAAAAAAAAAACAGGCUUGCCUUUUUUCAUCCAGGAGACCCACCACUACAAUCCAGAAUUGGCCCAGUCAUACACCAACUAUGUACAGUACUAUCUCCAAAAAUUAAAAUGUGCAGGAAAGUUUUUAUUAUUGUUA